AUAUAAUUCAAAUCCUGAAAUAAAAUACAUUUACGUUGCAUCGAUUUGCAAGUAGAAAACUACGCAAGCGGUCAGACAGUCGCCAAGGAGAAUCUAGCAGUCGCCUGUUUCUGUUUAAAUGACAUCUUAGGCAAGUCCGCGAUAUUCCCGUUUCUCGUCCUUAAAAUUUCCGAGGAUCGACUCCUACCUUACAUUAAACAAAUUGAAUCCCGUGCAGUUACUUUAUCCUAAGGUUUCACAAUACUCGAUAUAAAAUGCGUGAAAUUGUUCACCUUCAAGCCGGUCAAUGCGGCAAUCAAAUAGGUGCCAAGUUUUGGGAGGUGAUCUCAGACGAACACGGCAUCGAUCCCACAGGCACCUAUCACGGGGAUUCGGAUCUUCAGCUGGAGCGAAUCAAUGUUUACUACAACGAAGCCUCCGGACCGAAAUAUGUGCCGCGCGCGAUUCUGGUGGACCUUGAACCCGGCACGAUGGACUCCGUACGAUCGGGAUCUUUCGGACAGAUAUUUCGACCAGACAACUUUGUAUUCGGACAGUCAGGAGCCGGCAAUAACUGGGCGAAAGGUCACUACACCGAGGGCGCCGAGCUGGUCGAUUCGGUGCUCGACGUGGUGAGGAAGGAGGCCGAGAGCUGCGAUUGUCUUCAGGGCUUUCAGCUGACGCACUCGUUGGGAGGUGGCACCGGCUCCGGAAUGGGCACUCUGCUCAUCACGAAGAUCCGAGAGGAGUAUCCGGACAGGAUCAUGAGCACCUUCUCCGUCGUACCCUCCCCAAAGGUCUCCGACACCGUCGUGGAACCCUACAACGCCACCCUGUCGGUUCACCAACUGGUGGAGAACACGGAUCAAGCUUAUUGCAUCGACAACGAAGCGCUCUACGACAUUUGCUUCCGUACUUUGAAGCUGACUACUCCCACGUACGGUGAUCUGAAUCAUCUCGUCUCUGCUACCAUGUCCGGUGUGACAACCUGUCUAAGAUUUCCCGGUCAAUUGAACGCCGAUCUGAGGAAGCUCGCGGUGAAUAUGGUGCCGUUUCCUCGACUGCACUUCUUCAUGCCGGGUUUCGCGCCUCUCACAUCCCGAGGAAGCCAACAGUACCGAGCUCUCACCGUGCCGGAGCUCACCCAGCAGAUGUUCGACGCGAAGAACAUGAUGGCAGCUUGCAAUCCACGUCACGGACGUUACCUCACCGUGGCGGCCGUGUUCCGGGGCAGGAUGUCGAUGAAGGAGGUCGACGAGCAGAUGCUCAACAUCCAGAACAAGAACAGCCCGUACUUCGUCGAGUGGAUACCGAACAACGUGAAGACGGCGGUGUGCGAUAUUCCGCCUCGUGGCCUCAAAAUGUCUGCAACCUUCAUCGGCAACUCCACGGCCAUUCAGGAGCUGUUCAAGAGAAUCUCCGAACAGUUCACGGCGAUGUUCAGGAGGAAGGCUUUUCUUCACUGGUACACCGGCGAAGGUAUGGACGAGUUGGAAUUUAACGAGGCGGAAUCGAACAUGAAUGACCUGGUAUCGGAAUAUCAGCAGUAUCAAGACGCGACAGUGUACGAUGAAGAAAUAGAUGAGGAAGAAAUGGAGAAGUAGAAGAGGAAGAAGAAUUUGAACGAUCGCUCAUGCUUGCAAACUUUUGUGACGACUCUUUCUUUUGUAUCUGUCAUUUUUACCUUUUUUUUAAUCGUUUUACAGUAUUUUAUAUGCCGUUUAUGUACACACAUUUUGAGAAGAUAUCUCGAUUUAUACUGUUUUUGUGAAGUUUUUACAAUAAAUGAUACGUAGGCAGAAACGUUGAAUUGAAAGGUCUUUGGGUCGCGAAUUAAUUGACAACUUUUUCUGAGCACGCUAUAUUCCGAUCGUUUAGGAAAUCGCGCACGAUUUACUUCUCGUGCUGCUUGACAGCGGUAGUAUAUCAUCUCUAUCAGUUAAUGGCAUCGUUCAUUUAGCGUGAUAUAAAUACACGCGUUUCUUAAAUAAGACAAAUACGCUCACGGGCGUUUAGAGACGUUUGGUUCUCGUUAUCGAACUCGAUAUCAUCCUUCCAGCCAACUGACAUUGAUGAGACCAAGGCCUUGGCAAAAAUUGGCGAUCGCGCAUUAUCUCAUCGGUGCCCCGCGAGGGCAAACACUUUAUUAUCGCGUGCAAUAACGGAGAACGCCUGUUAUUGCGCGAGCUACUAUGAAGCUGCGACAAGCAAAGAUGCUGAACGAAUCCAGUGACAUAUUCGCGCGUGUCGAUUUCAAUACGAUUUCUGCUGCAACAUCGAUCUAAUAAUGCUUUCGCGAAAAAUUGCUAUCACAAUAAUAAAACGUUAUAAUCGCGUCAGAUAAUAAAUAUUAUACAAGUGAUUGUGGAAUGUUUUUUACGGAGAAAAGAUGAAGAAGCGUGAAAUGAUUGCGCGUUCUGUGACUAGAGGAAAAAUUGUUUUGUACAACACAGAUUGACAUAUCGCAACGAGAUUUUAUAUGAAAAGAAGCGGACGAGAAGUUCUUACGAAAUAAGUUCCAAGGGCAAAACGUGGAUUUGAUUCCGGAUAAUAUUAAAACUACAUGCGACAUAGAAAUGCCUAAUAGGGAAAUAUCUGCUACUUUACUGUCAAAUACAACUGCGAUUCAGUAGGUGUUUACGACGCUGCUCAAUGAUUUCUAAAUAAAUUUUAGAAGUAGAAGGUAUCUUCACUAUUACACUUCCGAAGGAAUGGAGAUAUCUGAAUUCGAGAGGGCUCAACAAACUUUGGAAUCCCU